UUGAGCUGUAUGUGAAGCAUCAGUUUUACUUGAAACGUGUACGGAUAAACGUGCGUCAAAACACUGUUUACGCGCGCCAAUUUAUUCACCCAGCUUUAUGAGAGCGAACGAGCGAGUGAAUGUGUGUAUGUGUUCAAAGCAUUUAACGUCGGUAUUGCGGGCAUACGGAAGUUUGUGUUGACGACGUUUAUGAGUGACUGUGGAUGCUGCAAUUAAAACCACCCAAAAAAAAAAAUGUUAUAAAGAAACCAAAAGGAAUAAUAGAAAAUUAAGAAAGAGAAAUGGAAAAACAACAACAAAACAAAGGGGAAUAACUAGCCAAGGGAUAAAGGCAAGAAAACAAAAAGCCUAACCCACAAAAGCCAGUUUUUGAAAAGAAAAAUAUCAAAAAAUCAGUAAAAAAAAAUAUAAAAAAAAACAAAAAUUCGAAAAUUUUAAAUCGAAAAUACUAUUCUGAAAAUAAAAAUUUUAAAAAUGAAAAAUAUUCAUAGUUUCAAUACUAACCUACCAUACACCCCAGAAAAUGUUUUAACAAGAUAACAAUUGGUUCACUAUGCAUUUAUAAUUAGAAUGUGCUUGCAAAAAAUAGUGAAACUGCAUCAAGCCAUUAUUUGAAAAUGGGUUAACCCCUUCUUGUAUGUUAUCAAGUGCAACAUAUGCAUGUGAGUUCAAAGAUAAUUUAUGCAAAUUGUAUGCAUUGAAUAAAAAUUCACAAUAUGGAAUAAUCUACCAUAAAAAAAAAAUAUAGAUAUGCAAAUUUAUUUGUGCAAAUCAAGUGUUGUUGAUUUAAAUGUUUAAAAAAAAAAAAUAAAAUAAAAUUGUGCCCAAAACUUGUGUGCAAAAAAAAAGUGUUUAAUGGUUAAGGUAUAAUUUAAAACAAUCAUAAAAAAGAAAUCCCUAAAUGACUAUGAAACAACAUAUUAAACCUACAGUGAAUCAAAUAGACACUAAAAACUGGUAUAAAUUACAAUCGAAACUGCAACCGCAUCCCCAUGUGAUGCAUAGCAAAUUAAUAGGAAAUACUGCAACAGCUGUAACAUCCAGGGAGAACUAUCAACAAAGCCAACAUCAACUUUUUGAAAUAAAUAAUGCUGAGAACUUUGAGAGCUACAAAUAUAAGAGCGUUAUUAAAAAAAAUUGUCAAAUUGAUGCUUUUACCGCUUUUGCUGCUGUCGCUGCUGCUACAACUGCCUGUCAUUGCAAUCAACACUUUUCAUGGGAUUUUUACUGUUGGGCCAUCGUCAUUGCCAUUAUAUGCGACAUCGUUGCUGUUGCCAUUUGCAAAAAAAAAGCCAAUCUGCAUGCCGUUGCGACUUUCCACUGUUGGUGUUGACAAACAGCUCAUGGCAUAAAUUUUAACUCCAGCAUCAGUUUAAUACAACAUUUUAUUGCUAUAAUCACCAGCUUGGUGGGUGUCUGUAUUUGGGUUGCGACCACCACCGAUUCUGUUCGUUCGUUUCGUUCUGGCUGACGUUGAGGGUGUGAUUAUUUCAAAGUAACUCCGGCAAGUGAAUCUCAUUACAGGGGAAACGCCUGUUUUACGUGCUGUUCGCACGUUGCGUUUUAAGUUUAUUAUUUUACGUUUUACCUCUUUUGUCGGCGGUGUCGCCUUUGCCAACAGUCAGCAUAAUCACUCGAAAGAACAACAACAACAUCAUCAGCAGCAGCAGCAUUCUACAAUACCCUCAGCCUGCUGUGAGAAAAGAAAAACAAAAGCAACGCCAACAACAACAACAACGAGUGCCAUUAAAAUUAUUAUUGCUUUUAUUGUUGUAUUGUUUGAAGAACAUUUUUAUCGCCGUUGUUGCGGCUGUUCGAGCUGUUCGCAUUGUUGCGAUUACUUCGGCCGCCGCCGCUGCCGCUGGCAUUAGCAACACCGUUACAACUGCCGUUGCAGGUGUUAUAGUUAUGGUGGAUCCAUUAAAAAUCUUUUGGGUCUUAACAAAUAGUACCUAUUUGGUUACAAAAUUUGUACGCAUUGGUAUUGCCGACAAAAACGAUUCUCCGCCCUAUUUUGACAAAUUUUUAUACGAAACUGAAAUCGAUGAAAAUGCCGAUUUACAAACAACUGUACUCACAGUCAAUGCCAAGGAUCACAAUGAGUCCUCGAAUAUUCGAUACUCGAUUGCAGGCGGUAACAUAGGCAAUGCCUUUGGUGUACACAAUAACACCGGAGCUAUUUAUGUAGCAUCACCUCUAGACUAUGAAACAAGACCAAGGUACGAAUUACGAUUGGAGGCGUCACGUAAUCGUAAAACCAACUACACCACCGUUAUCAUAAAUGUGCGCGAUGUUAAUGAUAAUCCACCGACAUUCGAUCGUCAAACAUAUCGUACACAAAUCACUGAAGAAGAUGAUCGUAAUCUACCAAAACGUAUAUUACAGGUUACUGCCACCGAUGGCGAUGUAGAUAGACCCAUAAAUAUUGUAUAUUUUCUCACCGGUCAGGGUAUUGAUCCUGACAAUACAGCAAAUAGUAAAUUUGAUAUAAAUCGCACAACAGGCGAUAUUUUUGUAUUAAAGCCCCUUGAUCGCGAUCAACCCAAUGGUCGCCCCCAAUGGCGUUUUACCGUUUUCGCCCAAGAUGAAGGUGGUGAAGGCCUUGUCGGCUAUGCUGACAUUCAAGUAAAUCUCAAAGAUAUCAACGACAAUACACCACAAUUUCCCCAAGGCAUUUACUAUGGCAAUGUCACCGAGAAUGGCACAGCCGGUUCACCGGUUAUGACCAUGUCUGCUGUCGAUUACGAUGAUCCCAACGAAGGUACCCAUGCCAAACUAAUCUAUUCCAUCGAAAAGAAUGUCAUCGAAGAGGAGACGGGAGCUCCCAUCUUUGAAAUUGAGCCUGAAACGGGGGUGAUCAAGACAGCAGUAUGCUGCUUGGAUCGUGAACGUACCCCCGACUACUCCAUACAAGUGGUGGCCAUGGAUGGUGGUGGCCUAAAGGGUACUGGUACAGCGUCCAUAAGAGUUAAAGAUUUAAAUGAUAUGCCUCCCAUGUUUACCAAAGAUGAGUGGUUCACCGAGGUGGAUGAGACCAAUGGUACUUAUAUACCCGAGACGCCCAUACUCACGGUGACCGUACAGGAUGAGGAUGAGACCAAUAGCUUUCAAUAUAAAGUGGUGCCCAACAGUGGCUUGGGUUCAGACAAAUUUACCAUGAUACGCAAUAGCGAUGGUACGGGUUCCUUGAAGAUAGUGAAACCUCUGGACUAUGAGGAUCACAUGCAAAGUGGUGGCUUUCGCUUUCGCAUACAGGUCAAUGAUAAAGGUGACAAUGAUAGCGAUAAAUAUCAUUUGGCCUAUUCAUGGGUUGUGGUGAAACUGCGUGACAUCAACGAUAACUCACCCCAUUUCGAGAGAGAUCAUAUAGAAGUUUCUGUCUACGAAGACAUAAAGGUGGGCACCAUAUUGGAACAAUUUAAGGCAACGGACGCCGAUCAGGGAGGCAAAAGUAAGGUGAACUAUAAGCUGGUAAGGGCCACAAAUCGUAAGCGUCAAUUUGCCAUCAGCGACAAGGGAGCCGUGAGCAUACAACGUGCAUUGGAUAGAGAGACAGCGGAACGACAUCAUUUAGAGGUUUUGGCAGUAGAUGAUGGUGUGAUACCGCGUACAGCUACUGCCACGCUAACAGUGAUAGUCAAAGAUGUCAAUGAUAAUGCGCCGGUAUUUAAAGAGGAUUAUCGUCCAGUGCUGCCGGAAAAUGUCAGUCCACGUAAAAUUAUAGAAGUGGCGGCCAAAGACGCCGAUGAUCGAGCAAGGGGGAAUGGGGGACCAUUCUCGUUUCGUUUGGAUCCUUUGGCGGGUGAUGAUAUAAGAUCGAGUUUUAAAAUCGAAUAUGACAGAAGAGCUGAUGGUGGCAAUGGAGUGGCCAUUGUCUCCUCGCUGCGACCCUUUGACAGAGAACAACAGAAAGCCUACCUCAUACCCAUCGAAAUCAAAGACAAUGGCUCACCUGCCAUGACAGGCACUUCAACGCUGACGGUCGUUAUAGGUGAUGUCAACGAUAACAAAAUGCUGCCCGGCAGCAAAGAGGUGCUCGUCUACAAUUACCAGGGCCAAUCGCAUGAUACACCCAUUGGGCGGGUGUAUGUACACGACUUGGAUGACUGGGAUGUGGUGGACAAGAAAUACUACUGGGAACAGCAGGAGCAUCAGCGUUUUAAACUGGACACUGAUACGGGCAUUGUUUCCAUGAAGGCGGGCACGCGGCGGGGUCGCUACAAUCUGCGCUUUAAAGUGUACGACCGCGAACAAGGUCAAGUUGAUGUGCCUGCGAAUAUGACAGUCACAGUGCGUGAUAUCACCCAUGAGGCAGUGCAACAGGCUGGUUCCAUGCGGCUGCAGGGCAUCAGCGACGAGGAGUUUGUCAGGACUUGGGAUUUCAAACAGCACAAACAGGUGCGUUCAAAACUGGAGCGAUUCCGCGAUAAAUUAGCCGAGCUGUUGUAUACCGAGCGUGACAUGGUGGAUGUGUUCAGUGUGCAGACCAAAGAGGAUGGGGUCACCGAUGUUCAUUUUGCAGCACGACCCGCCAAUCAGCAGCCCAACUUCAAGGCAGUUCGUCUUAAUGGUGUAGUGCUCAUGCAGCGUGAAGAAAUCGAAAAGGAACUGGGCCUCAACAUCACCAUGGUGGGCAUAGAUGAGUGUCUGCAGGAGCAAAAGAAAUGUCCGGGUUCCUGUUCCAAUCGCGUGGAGAUCAACAAAUUGCCACACACGGUGAAUGUGAAUAAAACGUCCUUGGUGGGGGUGCGCCUGGACAUAACAGCCGAAUGCAUUUGCAAGGCCCGCAAUUUCAGCAAAGACAUCUCCUGCCGCUCCAUAAGCUGCUUUAAUGGUGGCCGUUGUGUGGACACUCGCAACGGCCCCAAGUGUGUGGCCUGUCCCAUCGGCUAUAAUGGCCCCAGAUGCCAGCAGAACACCAGAAGUUUUAAAGGCAAUGGCUGGGCCUGGUAUCCCCCGCUGCAAUUGUGUGAGGAGUCGCAUCUGAGCUUUGAGUUCAUUACCAAAGAAGGCGAUGGCUUGAUUUUGUACAACGGGCCUAUUGUGCCACCCAAAACGGAGGGCGAGGUGCUAAGCGACUUCAUAGCCAUUGAACUGGAACAAGGCUACCCCAGGCUCUUAAUAGAUUUCGGCUCUGGCACCUUGGAAUUGAGGGUGAAAACCAAAAAGACCUUGGACGAUGGCGUUUGGCAUCGCCUCGAUUUGUUUUGGGACUCCGAAAAUGUGCGCAUGGUGGUGGAUUUCUGCCGCUCGGCGGAUGUCUUCGAAAUGGAGGACGGCUCACCGCCGGAAUUUGAUGAUAACUCCUGCCAGGCUCGUGGGGCCAUACCUCCCUUUAAUGAGGCCUUGAAUUUAAAUACCCCGCUGCAGCUGGGUGGCCUAUACCGACAGCACUUCGAUCAAUCACUGUUCCGCUGGCAAUAUGCCUUUACCUCCAAGGGCUUCGAUGGCUGCAUACGCAAUGUCAUACACAAUUCAGAGCACUAUGAUUUGGCUUUUCCCGCCCUGGCACGCAACAGUUAUCCCGGCUGCCCGCAAACAGAUGAGGUAUGCCUGAAGACCGAUCACACGUCCCGUUGUUGGGAGCAAGGCAAUUGUGUGGCCAGCCUGGUGCAGGCCAAGUGUCAUUGUCGGCCCGGUUGGACAGGGCCCAUGUGCAACAUACCCACCAUUCCCACCACCUUCAAGCAGCAGAGUUAUGUUAAAUUCGCCCUAUCCUUUGAACCGGAUCGCUUCACCACCCAAUUGCAGCUGCGUUUUCGUACUCGAGAAUCGAAUGGCGAAAUAUUUCGAGUCUCCGAUCAACAUCAACGCGAAUAUGCCAUACUCGAACUGAGCCAAGGGCGUUUACAAUUUCGCUACAAUUUGAAUUCGCUAAAGGCCGAGGAACAUCAUCUGGCCCUCACCUCUAUAGCCGUCAACGAUGGCCAAUGGCAUGUGGUUAAGGUGAGCCGUUACGGUUCGGCUGCCCUUAUGGAGCUGGAUGGGGGCGAAGGUCGUCGCUACAAUGAGACAUUUAAUUAUGUGGGCCAUCAGUGGCUGUCCAUUGAUAAGCAGGAGGGCGUCUAUGCCGGUGGCAAGGCUGAAUACACGGGCAUAAAAACUUUUGAAGUUUUAGGCGAUUUUCAACGUAGCUGUCUUGAUGAUAUCAGACUCGAUGGCAAACAUUUACCAUUACCACCCUCCAUGAAUGGCACUCAGUGGGGCCAAGCAACAAUGGCGCGAAAUUUAGAACGUAACUGCCCCUCAAAUCGACCAUGUUCGAAUAUUAUCUGCCCGGAUCCAUUCGAUUGCGUUGAUUUGUGGAAUGAAUACGAAUGCACCUGCAGCGAAGGUCGUGUCAUGUCUGCCGACACCAAAGGUUGUGUGGAUCGAAAUGAAUGCCUCGAUAUGCCCUGCCUCAAUGGUGCCACCUGCAUAAAUCUGGAGCCACGUUUGCGUUAUCGCUGCAUCUGCCCGGAAGGUUAUUGGGGUGAAAAUUGUGAACUGGUGCAGGAGGGUCAAAGGCUGAAGUUAAGCAUGGGUGCAUUAGGUGCCAUCUUUGUGUGUCUUAUUAUCAUUUUAAUUUUAGCUCUUAUCUUUGUGCUCUACAAUCGUAAACGUAAAACAACAAAUAAAAAGCGAAACGGCCCAGAGAAGGAUGUACGUGAGACGGUGAUUAGCUAUGACGACGAGGGUGGAGGUGAGGACGAUAUGACAGCUUUUGACAUAACACCCCUCCAGAUACCAAUUGGACAGGGUGGCACAAUGCCACCGGAUAUCGCUGCCUGCAAGGUGCCAAUAAUAUAUCCAGUUGUAACAUUGAUGCCUGGCCAGGAAUUGAAUGUGGGCUUCCUGAUGGAGGAACGCAAAAAACGUUGUGAUAAAGAUAUCAAUGCUCCACCCUUCGAUGAUUUACGAAACUUUACCUACGAGGGGAGCGGGAGUAUAGCGGAAUCCUUAAGUUCGUUGGCAUCAGGCACUGACGAUGAGAAUCAAGACUUCAACUACUUGGAAACGUGGGGGCCACGUUUCAAUGCCUUGGCGGCCCUAUAUCUACAAGAUAAAUCGAAACUGAAACAACCAACUGAGGAAUUAACACAAGAAAGCGGUGUAUUAUAAAACUAAAUUAAGUUCUUAGAUUAAAUUAGCCACAAGUUAAGUAGCCUCUCAAACAACUGAACAAUCUUGUAAAUUAACUCCCCUCCCCCCUCCAUCGAAACCAUAUUGAACAAGAAAAAUCCCAACCAAAAUGAAUAAAGAAAACCAAUUCCUACUUUUAGUUUAAAUUAAAAAACAAUCUUCUUCAAAAUUAAAAGCGAGGCUCAUUUAACAAAAAAUAAAAGAAACAGCAAAAGUCGAAAAACAGUAAAGCAUAAUUACCAGAGAAAGUGUAAAAUAUCAGCAAGAAAAUUAAUUUUUUACAUAGUCCAUAAGUUGUAGAAAAAAAUCAGAAAAACUUAAAAAAAGUGGAUGGCAAGAGUGCAGCUUUUUUUUGGCAGAAGUAAGAGCAGAGUAGCAAUGCAAAGGAUAAUAUUUUGUUCAGAAGUGAAAAAAAAAUGCUGUCAGUUUGUGUGUGUGUUCGUAUGGGCGUGUGUGUGUGUGAGUAUGUGUGUUGCGCCUGGUGCCGUAAAAUUGCCGCUUUUUAAUUAAGGAUAAGCAUAUACCAUUGGCAAAAGGUUGAGAUGAACAGGAAAAUUAAGAAGGAAACAAAAAGGAAUGGAAAAAGGAGAAAAUGAAAAGUAAUAAAAUCUCGAAUAAUUCACCAGUCAAGAGGCAAUUUAAUGGCUAUGUUAAAUAAGCGGAGCUUAUUAAGGGGACAAAAUAUGCUACUGAUAAAAAUGAGAUUUAUUAUCAGAACUGGUAGUUUAAUAUAAAAUAAGUAUGGAAGUCAAAAGUAGGGCGGAGCCCACUAUAUAUUACCCAACACCAUUGAGUCCAACUACUACUAUUAAGCAAAUGCGAGAGAGUGUAUGAGGGGCCUCCCUAACCCCCCGCAUAGACAUGUUAACCGAUUGGGACAAUAUGGGUAUCAAAGAAAAAACUUGGUAUAGAAAUUUCGCCCAAUGUUUUCGGGGGGGCCCCACACCCCAAACCUCCCCAGCAGGGCUUAUUUACCAAUUAGGUCAAUAUGGAUAUCAAAAGAAAGGUGUUCCCUUAACAUUUUUAUUGAGACCAAGUUUCAAUGACGUUUUUUCUAAACACCAAAUUUCAAAGAAGAUUGAUAUAUCUUCUUUGAAAUUUGGUGUUUAGAAACAGACAAAAGUUCCAUAAUAUAUUCUUUAAAGACAAAAACUCCAUGAAAAUUUCUUUUAAUACAGAAUUUGAAAAAUUCAUUGUCUUAAGACAAAGUUUCAAUAAAUUAAAAAAAUAUAUUUUUUUUUGAAGACAAACACCAAAAUCAAUUUUCUUCAAAUGCAAAAUUUCAACGAAAUUUUUACUAAAAUUAAAUAUUCAAUGAAAUAUUUUCCAUAAUAAUGCAAAGUCUGACUCUAGAUUCGUCAAAAUGCACAUUAGUCUCGAACAACGAGUUUUGUUCCAUUCAAAUUUAAACUCAAUGAUAAGGGAAUUUCUUCUUAUAGCCAAGUGCGAAAGACGUGUGUGAAGUUUAAUACACAUUCAGCGUAUUCGUUCUAACCUCCUGGCGUGAUCAUGUUGACCUAUUGAGACUGAUUUUGACCUCAUUUAGACUAUUUUUUUUUUAAGUUUUCGAUAAAAUUUUGAUUUUUGAUGAAAUAUCAAUUCUUUAGUGCAGUUACGAUUUAAGACCAUUUUCCCUUUAGGGUGCAUAGUUUAUGAGAAUUUCAAGGUGCAAUCAGCUCCAUUUCUUUCUGGGCCGCAUAGUUAAGCAGAUGCAGCCAAUUGAAAGUUUUCAUAGUGAAUUUUUUAUUCUUCAUGAUUUUGGGAAGAAAUUUCAAAAUUUGUGAACGAUUCACGAUUUAAUGUCCUUUUGCCCCUAGAGCUCAUAGGUUAUGAUAUACAGCUAAAUUAAAGUCUUUGUACUGAAAUUGGAUUUUUGAUGGAUUUUCAAUGAAAUUUUGAAUUUUUUGAUGGAGUCAUGAAUUAAGGCCCAUUUCCCUCUAGGACAUAUAGUUAAGGAGAUACAGCCUGUUUAAAGUUGUCGACUAAAAUUUCGAUUUUUGAGGACCUUUCCAUGAAUUUUCGAAUUUUUGGGCGGACUCACAAAUGAAUGCCCAUUUCCCUCUUGGACGCAUUGUUUGAAAGAUACAGUCAAUUUGAAGUCUUCGUACUGCUAAAUUAAAGUUUUUGUACUGAAAUUGGAUAUUAGAUGGAUUUUGACUGAAAUUUUGAACUUUUUGACAGAGUCAUGAAUAAAGGCCCAUUUCCCUCUAGGACACAUAGUUAAGGAGAUACAGCAUAUUCAAAUUUUAAUACUGUAUAUUCAAGUUUUAAUACUGCAAUUCCGAUUUUAUAGAUUUUCAAUGAAAUAUCAAAUUCUUUGAUGGACUCGCGACUGAAGGCCCAUUUGUGUCUAGAAUGCAUAGUCUAGGAAAUACAGCCAUUUUACAGUUGUCGACUAAAAUUUCGAUUUCUGAGGAACUUUCCAUGAAUUUUCGAAUUUUUGGGCGGACUCACAAAUGCAUGCCCAUUUUCCUCUUGGAUGCAUUGUUUAAAAGAUACAUUCAAUUUGAAGUCUUCGUACUGAAAUUUAAAAUUUUCAAAUUUUUUAUAGAAUCUUGAAUUAAGACAUUUUUAUACCUACCACCGAAGGAUGGGGGUAUAUUCAUUUUGUUAUGCCGACCCUAUAAAGUAUAUAUGUUCUUGAUCAGCGUAAAAAUCUAAGACGAUCUAGCCAUGUCCGUCCGUCUGUCCGUCUGUCUGUUGAAAUCACGCUAGUCUUUAAAAAAAGAGAUAUUGAGUUGAAACUUUGCACAGAUUCUAUUUUUGUCCAUAAGCAGGUUACGUUCGAAGAUGGGCUAUAUCGGACUACAUCUUGAUAUAGCCCCCAUAUAGACCGAUCCGCCGAUUUAGAGUCUUAGGCCCAUAAAAGACACAUUUAUUAUCCGAUUUUGCUGAAAUUUGUGAUAGAUUAUUUGGCUCAGAUCGGUCGAGAUUUGGACAUAGCUGCCAUAUAGACCGACCCGCCGAUUUAGGAUUUUAGGCCCAUAACAGCCACAUUUAUUUUCCCAUUUUGCCAAAAUAUGGGACAGUGAAUUGUGUUAGGCCACUUAACAUCCUUCUUCAAUUAGGCCCAAAUCGGUACAGAUUUGGAUAUAGCUGGCAUAUAGAGCGAUCUUUCGACUUAAGGUUUUGGCCCAAAAAAGGCGCAUUUAUUGUCUGAUUUUGCCAAAAUUUUGCGUUAGGCCAGUAGACAUUCUUCUUCAAUUUGCCCCAGAUUGGUCCAGAUUUAGAUAUAGCUGUCACAUAGAAUGGUCUCCCGAUUUUACGUUCUUGGGCCCAUAAUAGGCGUAUUUAUUGACCGAUUUCACCGAAAUUUGGGGCAGUAAGUUGAGUUAGGCUCUUCGAUAUCCCUCUGCAAUUUGGCCCAGAUUGGUUCAGAUUUGGAUAUAGCUGUCAUAUAGACCGAUCUCUCCAUUUAAGGUCUUGGACCUAUAAAAGGCGCAUUUAUUGUCCUAUGUCGCUUAAAUUUGGGACAGUGAGUUGAGUUAGGCUCUUUGACAUCCCUCUGCAAAUUUGGCCCGGAUUGGUUCAGAUUUGGAUAUAGCUGCUAUAUAAACCGAUCUCUCCAUUUAAGUUCUUGGACCUAUAAAUGGCGCAUUUUUUGUCCCAUUUCGCCGAUUUUGAUUUGGCCUACAUCGGUUCAGCUUUGGAUGUAGCUGCCAUAUAAACCGAAAUAUCGAUUUAAAGUCUUGGCCCAUAGGAGGCGCAUUUAUAAACCGAUUUUGCUGAAAUUUGACACAGUGACUUAUGUCAAGCUUUUCGACAUCCGUGUCGUUUAUGGUUCAAAUCGGUCUAUAUUUGGAUAUAGCUACCAAAAAACCAAUAUCUUGUUCUGCAAAAUAGAACAAUAACUUGUAUUUAUUAGGCCAUUCAAUGUCCGUGCCGCAUAGCUCCUAUAGGGGCAUAAAAUAUGCAUUUUCCACUGGACUAUGACGAAUGGUGGUUUGCAUAUGGAGGGUACCCAAAUUUCGGCCCGGCCGAACUUAACGCCUUUUUACUUAUUUUAAAAAAAUUCGAUUGGACAACAAACAAACAUACAAUAAAUUUAUUCCAGUUUUAUAACCUACACCACUACUGUGGUACAGGGUAUUAUUUGUAACACCCAGAAGAAAGAGAGAUAGACCCGUUGAUAAGUAUACCGAACGACUCAGAAUCACUUUCUGAUACGAUUUAGCUAUGUCCGUCUGUCUGUCUGUCUGUCCGUCUGUCCAUCUGUCUGUCUGUCCGUCUGUCCAUGUUAAAUUGUGCACAAUAUACAGAGCGCACUUUUCAUCCGAUCGUCUUCAAAUUUGGUACAGACAUGUUUUUAGGCCUAGAGACGAAACCUAUUAAAAUUGGAAAUAGCUCCCAUAUUUCCAAUUUUAAAAUUGCUCCCAUAUUUCCUAUUAAAAUUGGAAAUAGCUCCCAUAUAUAUGUUCGUCCGAUUUGCAGCAAUAAUGCAAUAAAUGGUCGGAUUCUCUCGAAAUUUGGCAGGAGGAAUUUCCUAAUGGCUCUCGACAUUACUGGUGAAUUUCGCCCGAUUUUUACUCCUAGAGCCACUGCAAGUGCAUUUAUUGACCAAUCUUCCCAAGCCUUCGUACAACGCUUUUCUCGACGACUGUCGCAGUAUCUGAGAAGUUUGCUCGAAAUCGGUUAAGGUUUAGAUGUAGCUCCCACAUAUAUAUUCGUUCGAUUUGCAGUAAUAUUGCAAUAAAAUGGUUUUUUGUUAACCGAUUCUCUCGAAAUUUGGAUGGAAGGAUUUUCUUAUGACUCUCGACAUUACUGGUGAAUUUCAUGAAAAUUGGUUAAGAUUUAGAUACAGCUCUCAUAUAUAUAUAUCGCCCUAUUUUCACUCCUAGAGCCACUGCAAGCGCAUUUGUUGACCAAUCUUCCCAAAACCUCCUACAAUGAUUUCCUCGACGACUGUCGCAGUAUCUGAGAAGUUUGCUCGAAAUCGGUUAAUGUUUAGAUGUAGCUCCCACAUAUAUGUUCGUCCGAUUUACAGUAAUAUUGCAAUAAAAUGGUUUCUUGUUAACCGAUUCUCUCGAAAUUUGAAUGGAAGGAUUUUGUAAAGACUCUCGAAGUUACUGGUGAAUUUCAUAGAAAUCGGCUCACAUUUAGAUAUAGCUGUCAUAUAUGUACAUCGCCGGAUGUUUACCCCAAGAGCCACUGCAAGCGCGUUGUUUGACCAAUCUUCACAAAAUUUUGCCCAACGCUUUCCUCGACGGCGGCUACCAUAUUAACUGAAAAGUUUGCUCGAAAUCGGUUCAGAAUUAGAUAUAGCUCCCAUAUAUAAGUUCAUCAGAUUUUGAGUAGGUGUAGGGUAUUAUACAGUCGGCACCGCCCGACUUUUGCCCUUCCUUACUGGUUUUAUCUUCGAUUUUCUUCUUUAUUUUUUAAUAAAAUUCGAUUGGCCUACAAACAAAACUAAAUUUAUUUGAUUUUUUAAAUUACAAAAACUUCGAAAAUUUUGCUUAAAACUCCUCAAAUUUACCCUUAACAUAACUGGGGAGAAAAAAAAAACUCUAAAUGAAAAAUUCAGAAGAAGACACAACGAUCAUCAAAUAUUUCACAAGAAUGGUUUUUACUUAUCUUAUCCCCUGGGUAAACAACAAACAAAAGGAACAAAAGGAUUCGUACUGUGUAAUGAACAAAAAAAAAGAAAAACUGAAGGACCAGAUCAUAUGAAUGUUGAGGGUAAGAAUUUUUGUUGAUGAACAAAAAAAUUGGUGUUGGCAUAAAACAAAGGCAACAAUGAAAUUGGAAUAAUAAUUACGACAGUAACACUUGUGCACACACAUACACAUAUAUACACAUGUAAACAAGUUAAUGAAAGGGCCUUGCAUUCUCUUAUUUGCAAAUAAGAAGAAGAAACUUAAAAGGCAAUGUUAAAAGAAAAAAAACUCAUGAAUUUAAUUCUUAUCCCUUGCUUUUCUUCACAGCAAGGAAACUUGCUUCUGCCCCAAAAUAGAAAAGCAAAACUGAAAUAAUUCUUGUAAAUAUCUUUGUAUAUAUUGUUUACUAAAGUAUUUUAUAAUUAAGUAUUUUCUAUUAUUUACAAAUUAAUUGAAAU